GCUCUGUCUGACUUCUGACUUUAUACAGUAAGUUAUUCAUGCUGUAGACAAGAUUAGACGACUUGUUGUUUAUAACUUACUACUAUUCUUAAGUUAUUUCCAUCUAACAUUUUUCUUCUGUGGUGGACUCGUGGAACAAUCCAUUUUAUUGUCAGCAAGUAGCCUAUUGUUGCUCUUGUGUAACAACUGACAGAAUCAUUUGCUCAGGAACGUCAUUGUCCUCUCGUGGUUUGGGUAUCUGAGGACUGUCAAAGCAGUGUGAUCAUCACAGAAAACCUACAUUAAAAGUUUCAGAUUUUAAGAAUUUCCCCAAACUGAAGGACGUGGAAACUCAGAGUAUGGGUAGUUCUGGUUUUGACUGGUUCUGUCAGUGCUGUAAAGCUGGGAAAUAGACAAGAGAGUGAGGAAUGAGAAGAGAUCGUUGAAAUGGUCGCCGUGAUUUUGCCAAGUAAGACAUGUUCCCGGAUCAACAUCUUUUGAUGAUCCUGGAGCAACAUUACUGUCUAAAAAUAUAGACUUAGCCCAAUCCCUACCCCAAAACUUUACCAUACCCAUAAUUUAUUCCUAAAACAGAUACUUCCUGAAAAGUUAUCCCUCAAUUCUGAUUGGUUGAUUGGAAUGCUGUUCCAGGAACAACAAGGAUGUUGUUCCAGGAACAUGUUGUACCUGGUGAAAUCACGUUCACUGUAGUUCACAGAGGUUGUUUAUAUCACAUGGGCCUAACUGAACUCUCACUGGCCUUGGCCUUGCAUGUUUUGUAUGAUAUAGCAGUAUAAAAGUCUUAUCUUGAUAUACUACAUGCCAUAGCUGCUAUUCCUGGAACCUUUCAUCCACUCCCAUAUUUACUGAACUACCUUGUGGGAAGUUACAAAUUAACAUUGUCCAAAAACAGAUCAGUUAUUAACAUUGCUACCAAUCUGUACACCUUAUCUUAAAAAUAAUAAAUCAAAAUCUUACUGUUUAUUAUCAAUUAGAGCCCUACUUGAGAACAGUGUUCAGUAUUACAUGCGUGUAAGUUCUGCGAAUGAGAAUAAGAUAAACCUGACAGAGAGUGCACUCUAGUGGAGAAGAAUGAUAAUUACAGUUGCACUCAGGGUCUCAAAUCCCAGCUCCCCUUCUAAAAAAAACAAAACUUAAAGUGGUUUGCUGGUCUUAGAUUAAGAUGUUCACGUUCCAAAAAUUUAAAAACACCUUCCAAGGUUCCACUUUCAGUUUUGGCGCUCUUGAUUGGCGCCUCCUAGUGGUCGCAGACACGCGUGUUGAAACCACACCUCCAGAGAAUGAACUGUAACCUCGUGCACAAUGAGGAAGUGUUAGUACGGGACGGUGCUGAAUUACUACAUGUAAAAAGAUUUACUGGAAUAUUGUCAGGCUGGGACCUGAAAUAGAUACUAUGACUAAUGUUUAUUAUUUUGUAAUGAAAAAAAACUAACCUUUUUUAACACCUUGUAAAAGGCAUGUUUUAUUUCAUCUUAGUGUACAUACUGUCAGCCACACAUACUGUUGUUUCUGAAUCAGGAUCGCACUCGCUAUGGGUCUUUGCUACAUUUUUGACUGGAGACAGUUCAGUGCCGUUCUCAGAGUUCACUGCCGUUAUUAUGCUGGAUGAUAUUGUCAUCGGUCACUAUAACGCAGAUGAGAGAAGUUUUGUCCCGAAGACGGUCCAAGAAUCCGUUAAUGUCACGGAGCAAAUGACUAUAUCAACAGUCUGUAAAGGCAUACACGAGGGCAUGAAAACCAAAGCAUACUACUUAAUUGAUUACCUAAAUUAUACAAGAGGCCUUCACGUGCAGCAGAGGCUGGUUGGAUGUGAACUUCUCCGUGAUGAGCCUGGCCGAAUGAUGACGCUGGAGGCCUUUAAUGGCGAGAGUGGCUUUGAACGACACUAUAACGUUCAAGGAGACCAGCACACUGACUGGAAAUGGCCUGUCAUAAAGAGUAGGGCACAGCUGGAGUACGACGCGUGGCUCUAUGCCCACUUUUACCGCCCCUUGUGCAUUAGCCAGCUUAGGAAAUAUCUAAAAAAGGAGCAGAAGCGUGUGAUGGCAAAAGUAAAGCCCAGAGUGAGAGUGAUUAAACGCUAUUGUAGGGAGGCAGGUGUAGUUCAGAUGACCUGCCUGGCAACUGGUUUUUACCCACGUCACAUCAAUCUGACCCUGCCAGAUGGCCAGCCAGUUAAUGAAGAGAGGGUCACAGGAGGUGAACUGCUGCCCAACCCUGAUGGAACCUAUCAGAUGAGGAAGAGUGUGGAACUCAGCGCCGAAGAACAAAGAGAAAGACACACCUACACUUGUACUGUAACUCACCUUAGCCUGGAUAACAAGCUUGACCUCAGUAUAGAACCUGGUCCUGAUCCUGUUAUCAUAGUUCCCCCUGUACUUCUAUUGCUGUGUGUUUUUGGAUUUCUGGCUGCCUUUAAAAUAUGGAGGAAGAGAUCUUCACAGCCUGAGCAGAUCACCUACAUACCUACCUCAGCUGAUGACCAAACAACAGAAUAACAGCGCAUGUGACAUGUAAAGUGGCACCAAAUUAUCUGUUCACAGUUACAGACCAGAAGCAUUUUGUAGUAUUUAUAAACUGACUGAACUGAAAAAAAGUUUAAUCUGUAUUUUUU